AUGCGAACCAAAUUACAACAGGAGAUGGCGCUGGGAAGUCGCUGCAGACAGGGGAUCUCCACCUGUCCAGGGUUGAUGAUGACUCAGUUACGAGUGGGUCUCCUCAACAUCACCGUUCCAAGUCAAGGAGGCCCCCUCUUCAACUACCCCCAGGAGGACCUUUCACCCUACACUGUGGAGAGACCAGAGAGUAAGAGGGUCGGGAUCAGAUGA